AUGCAAAUUUGACUCUGUGGAUUUGUCUAAUUCCAUGGUCAAGAAAGCCAACUUCCGAAAUCAAUUUGAGUUUGAUAAAAAGGUGAAGGUAUCUCUGAAUUCAACACGCCGAACAGUUCUUUCCUUCCCAACUUCAUGCCUAUUUUUUGAAUAUUCUUCCCUUGUUUAACCUUCUUUAAAUAUACUAGUCUUGAAAGUGACUGUAUUUCUCUGAAUUUUCCAUUCAUUUGUAAUUUAUAAUGGGAAACUGUAUAUAGAUAUUCCUAUCUCAGAAGAAACCCAAGAUUCUUCCUCCCUCCACCACUCACCACCAACACCACAACGCCCCACCUCUCUCCACCGACCGGAAUGAAGAACCAGAACCAAGGUCCUUUUGCUGCUGCUGCUGUCAAGCAUAUUAAUGGUCCAUUACCCCUAGUUAAUCUCCUUUCUUGGUUUUUCUUCUUCGUCUGCGGCUUGACUUUCGGUAUAAUCCUUUGUUUUCAUUACAAAAGCUUCUCAUUCAAUCUCCAACUCAACAGUGGCCAAUUCUCCAUUUUUACUUCACAAUCAACAUUGUUAUUACCCACUGAUAAGAAUACUUCAAAUACAAGCUAUGUUGGGUCGAAAGAAUAUCUAGAACGGCCUUCUAACCUUACGCAUAACAUGACUGACGAAGAAUUGCUAUGGAGAGCCUCAAUGACUCCUAGAAUUCAAGAAUUUCCUUUUCCUUACAACUCGAAAAUUGCCUUCAUGUUCUUGACAAGAGGGCCGGUUCUAUUAGCGCCUCUUUGGGAGAAGUUCUUUAAAGGAUAUGAAGGACUCUACUCAAUCUAUGUGCAUUCAGACCCUUCUUUCAAUGAAACAGAGCCUGAAUCUUCAAUCUUCCAUGGCAGAAGAAUCCCUAGUAAGAAAGUUGAAUGGGGGCAAGCUAACAUGAUUGAAGCCGAACGUAGACUACUAGCCAAUGCUCUUCUUGACUUCUCGAACCAACGUUUUGUUCUCGUCUCCGAAUCAUGCAUUCCCCUGUAUAACUUUUCUACCAUCUACUCAUACCUAAUGAAUUCUACCCAGAAUUUUGUCGAGGCAUACGAUCUACCUGGUCCGGUCGGACGAGGCAGGUACAACAGUCAAAUGAACCCAAUGAUCAAACUCCAACAAUGGAGAAAAGGCUCCCAAUGGUUUGAGAUCGAUAGAGAUCUUGCAAUUGAAGUUGUCUCAGACAGAAAAUAUUUUCCUGUAUAUCAAAAUUAUUGCAAGGGUUCUUGUUAUGCUGACGAACAUUAUUUGCCAACAUUUGUAAGUAUGAGAUUUGGGCAGAGGAAUUCCAAUAGAAGUUUGACUUGGGUUGACUGGUCGAAAGGCGGGCCCCACCCGGGAAAGUUUAUAAGAACUCAUAUUACUCCAGAGUUUUUGGAGAAGUUGAGAAAUGGGAGCAAAUGUGAGUACAAUGGGAAGAAAAGCAGUGUUUGUUUCUUGUUUGCAAGGAAAUUCACAACCGAUGCUUUGGAUAGGUUGUUGAGGAUUGCACCAAAACUUAUGCACUUCAAUAUGUAGGGUAGUGUUGUUAAUGUGCAGAGUAAUCAUCAAUUA